CCCGCCGGUCUUGCUGGGGGCAGCUGCACAACGUGCUGAAGCUUACCUGACUAAGAAUCCUCUCCUGCUGCAGCUGCAAAUCCCACUUUGUAUCCAGUCAAGAAGGCAGCUCAAGUGGGAGAACAAUGUUGAGCUUUCCCUCACUCUGGAGAAAGAUGGGAAAACUACCUAGUCUCUUUAUUUUUUGGGAGAUAUUUUCUUCAACUGUCCUCAGCUUCCCAGAUGGGAAAAUCGAUGCAUCUUGUGAUUCUAUGUUACCCAAGCAUAGACAUUUUGUUGCACAGACCAACCUACCACCAUAUGCCAUCUCCAUCUCCAACACUUCGUUUAACCCAGGAGAUGAGAUCGUAGUAUCCCUAAUAGCAAUGAAUAAUUCAAACUUCAAAGGAUUUUUACUACAGGCCCGAGCAACUGGAGGAGACGUUGCUGUUGGUAGUUUUCGAAUAAUAAAUCCUCUCACUCAAGGUCUUGAGUGCAACAACGUCCAGAAUUCUUCACUGAGUCACACAAAUGGGGAAAACAAGCAAAAUGUAACAGCAAUUUGGGUUGCACCUUCUGGCGUGAGGCAUGUUGUGUUCAGAGCAACGGUGCUCCAAAAGUUUUCAGUAUUCUGGACUGAAGUUCAAAGCCAGAGUCUUGUGUCUUCCAGCCCACCAUCAGUUUCAACUUUACCCAGUUUCUUACAGAGUACCAGUCCCUCUAUAACAAUUUCCACAGAAGAAGGGUGCGGUAUACAUAAAUUCUGUUUCAGUAACCCUGCAGGCUGCACCCCACAUGACCCGAACUGUUACUUCAUGUCAUCACAAACACUGGGGAGUGAUGCAUUCAGUUUUGAAAUGAGUGGACUUUCAGAUGGAUAUGUAGCCAUUGGCUUUUCUGAUGAUACUAUUAUGGGAAAUGAUGACAUCUAUAUUUGUGAUAGGAAUGCUGCCAUCGAUCACGUAGAAGUUCAACAUGCCUUCUCAACUGGAGCGACUACUCCCACAACUAUGCCUUUGGGGAAGGUAGAAAUUCUAGCAACAUCCUUUAACAAUGGAAUCAUCAAAUGUUCUUUCAUUUCAAGGAAUGCCAUAUCAACCCAUUCAAGAGCUUCUGAUAGUUUAUAUUACAUAUUUUUGACUUCAGGGCCAUCAUCAAAUGGAAAGAUACUGAAGCAUCCCAAAAGACCCUUUAUUACUGAUAAGAAAGUGAACAUUUCCAGCUUUGCAGCAGUAAGUGGCACCUGGACAACACCCAUGAUUGUCAAGGCUCAUGGAGCCCUCAUGUUGAUUGCUUGGAUGACUACAGGCAGUGUAGGAAUGAUAUUUGCCAGGUACUUGAAGAAGUCCAUCAACCAAACUCUUCUUGGGAAAGAUACUUGGUUUCAGAUUCAUUCAUUUCUGAUGCUACUAACUGUUGUGGCAACCAUAAUUGCUUUCAUAUUGGCCUUCGUGGCAAGAAAAGGGUGGAGUAGUGGUGCAGAAGCUCAUGCCGUUCUUGGAUGCAUUGUCAUGAUUCUCUCUUUCUUUCAACCAGUAAUAACUUUCUUCCGCCCUUCUCCUCAAAAUAAGUGGAGGUUUGUGUUUAAUUGGUUUCACAUGCUAAAUGCAUUAGUCAUCAAAGUUUUGGCAGUUGCUGCCAUAUUUUUGGGAUUGAAAAUGGUCAGUAAUUCUCCUAGCCUAUGGAUGGUUAAAACUAUGGGAGGCUUUGUGGGCUGGGAGGCAUUAAUAGCCCUCACACUGGAUGUAAAUCUGUGGCUGAAAAAGAAAGAGGUAUAUGAGGAUUCAAAUGCCAAGGUGAAAAGUGAAAUAUUCCUGCUGCUAAUAUAUCUAUGUGGCAACCUGGCAUUCUUAAUAGCCCUCCUUGUAGGUAUUGGAAGAAGUUGAUUUGGGCCUCAUGUUUGGUGGAAGAGUGAAAAUGGCUUCUGUUCUUUGGUAUGCUAGAUGCAAAAAAAGAAAGGAGGCACAAAUUUUAAUAUAAUCAGUUAGCGUACUGUAGGCAUCAAUAGAGUACUGUAUAGACUAUUGUCCAAUAAUGAUUCAUCAUAAGGAAAAAUUGUUUACAAAUGGAUACAAAAGGUGGGACCAAGUCAGGAUUUGGUUUGCUUUAAAUAUGUAGCACUGUCUGGAGUAGUUAUGAAUAUUGUGAAUAACUGAUCUAAUUUUGCAUAACCCGUUGCACAUUUGUGAUACAUUUUAAAUCAUGGAAGUGAAAAUUGCUGCCCUUCUUUUGUUAUACCGUAUUUUACGGACUAUAAGACGCAUUUUUUCACUCGAAAAAUAGCCACCAAAAUUCAGGUGCGUCUUUUACUCGCAAGCCUGCCCGAGGGGGGGGGAGUAUCCCCCAGCAAACAAUGCUAAACGAUGCUAUUAACUCUGUGCAGCCUGGGGACUGCUGCUCCAGCUCACCCUCCGCCGCUAGGCCUGUGGACUCCCCGAUCGUGCAAUUACAUCACCACCAGCAACACCAUUGUUUUCAGCUUUCUGUUUUACUUUCUGCAAGCAUAUUCAGCUGAAGAAAGUGUAAAGAAUUAAGAAAGCCGAAGUGGUAGCCGCUCCCUCCUCUGGUAUGUGCAUACUGAUGAGAACCGGAGCGCUGGAAAACGAAAGAGGGUGGUGUUUUUUUUUAAAAUAGAGUCAGAAGCAGGUUGAAGAGAAAACAAGGAGUGGAGUACCAACAAUUGAAAGAGGACUUAUCUGAGGCGAGGAGAACAAACUGAAGCAAGGCUGAAAGUCCUUUCCUGGAGCUAGCAGGAGUGAAGAAAGUGAAAAGAAUUAAGAAAGCAGAGCUCCCUCAUCUGGUAUGUGCAUACUGGUGAGGAGCGGAGAGCUGGGAAACGAAAGAGGUGUUGUUGUUUUUUAAUAGAGUCAGAAGCAGGUUGAAGAGAAAACAAGGAGUGGAGUAGCAGCAAUUGAAAGAGGACUUAUCUGAGGCAAGAAGAAAGGCUGAGAGUCCUUUCCUGGCGCUACCGGUAGCAGGACUUUUCGGUACAGUUGAUAACAGUUUAAUAUGUUAAAACCCUGAAAAACUGGAUUAAAAUUAAGGUGCGUCCUAUAGUCUGUAGCGUCUUAUAGUCCGUAAAAUACGGUAUUAUCUUAACCUUUAGCUAAGAUGUUUUAAAUAUAAGGCCUUGUGUACCAUUUAACUCUCAAGAAACAGAUUCUAGUUAGUUCAGGGGUUUAAUUAUCACUCUUUGUAGCUUGCCUAACAGAAAUUAAAUCUAAUUCUUCUUUGAUGCUA